ACUAGUUGGUGUGGACAAUCGACAAAGAUGAAGAGGUGGCAAGUGUGUCAGGACCUCAGGUCCAGCCCCUUUCAGGAAGAUGCCUUAACAGAUCAUUACAGAAUACUAGCAAGCCUUGGCCAGGGGGCAUUUGGGGAGGUCAAACUUGCUACCCAUCUCCUCACCCAUACAAAGGUAGCUAUAAAAGUUCUCCCCAAAAGCAAUAAAAACCUCCUGCUCAAAUCCGAAAUUGAAAUCAUGAAAUCCCUCGAUCACCCCCAUAUCAUUAAACUUUUACACAUAAUUGACACCAACAAAAACAUUUUCAUCGUCCUGGAGCAUGCGGUGGGAGGAGAGCUGCUGACCAGAAUUGAGGACUUUGGAUACUUACCCGAGGAGGAGUGCAACAGACUGUUUAGACAGAUAGUUUUAGCUCUCCAGUACUGUCACCAGAGAGGGAUCAUACAUAGGGAUAUAAAACCAGAAAACAUUUUAUUGGACCACAAAGGAAACGUAAAACUGAGUGAUUUUGGAUUGAGCACCAAGAUAGUCAGGGGUCAGAAGUUAAUAACAUUGUGUGGAACCCUACCUUACUGUGCUCCAGAACUGUUUAAUCUUAAUGGAUAUGAUGGCCAGGCAAUCGACGUCUGGAGCUUGGGAGUUGUUCUCUACUAUAUGGCUACAGGGUGCCUCCCUUUCCAGGGAUUUACCUAUCAAGCAAUAAAGCAGAAAAUCUUGGCAGGAAGGUACUCAGUGAACUUCCGGUUGUCACCAGAACUCUGGGAUGUGAUAGCAAAAUUGCUAACUGUCAACCCUAGAGAAAGGCCAAGAGUCCAUGAAAUUUUAAGAUUUAACUGGCUUAAGAAUGAGAAUGAAGUUUCUCCCAGUUCAUUGGGAGGAAACACUGACAGCCACCCUGACCCCACUAUACUGGUGAUGAUGGGCGACAUGGGGUACGAGCAAGGUCAAAUAAGGGAAAGCUUGAGGGAGCGAAAGUUUGACCAGGUAAUGGCUACUUACUUAAUGCUCAAACAGAAGGCAUGCUCGGAAGACAAGUCCAUCAAAACACCUCAUCCCACGCAGUGUGCUCAAACUUUGAAAAGCACAUGGUCAACCACGGAAAAGCAGACAACUCUGAGGAGGGGAUCUAGUCUGCCUACCCUUACAACCUUCUAUUUACCCAGCAAAUUAGAAAGUCUUAACAAGGGAAAAAGAACUACAAUGAGGCACACUAUGCCACCUAACUUGAACUGCUUCAACAAAUCAGAAAGUCUUAACAAGGGAAAAAGAACUAUAGUGAGUCACACUAUUUCACCCACCUUGAACUGCUUCAACAAAUCAGAAAAUCUUAACAAGGGGAAAAGAGCUAUAGUGAGGCACACUAUGCCACCCAAGAAGACAAGUCCAGUUCGAAGACUCUGCCCACGGCUUCACAAGUAUUUCGGCAUGAGGAGUGCCUCGGAAGAUAGCUCUAAAAGAAAUUCUUCAGAUCCAUCACUGACAAUCUUCUCCUCUCAAUCACUCAUGAGUGCAUUCAAAUAUGGCUCUACCUAUUCAAAGAGGAAGGCGUUCUUACAGUGUAUCUUACAUUAUCAUGCCUCCCAGGAAGAAGACCAAUAUAAGAGCACCAUCAUACCGAGUGGAAAGCUUAACACAGCUGUCCCACCAAACUCCCUUCAGGAGGACCAGCUCACGGGACAGCUCCAUAAUGUGCUUACAGCUGCAGCAGUGGCCAGCAGGAACUUACAAGAGAAAACACCAACAUUCUCCACCAUGACGACCAAGGGUGAGGGUCCUGCUAUAAAAGAAAGAGAGUCCAUCCCAUCCUCCCCACGUGCUCCUCGGGAACGGCUCCGUGGCAGGAGUCAGACUCCACCCAGGGCCCCCUUUAGAAGGCGAGUCUGGAAGACCUUGAAGAGUGGCUUUCUAAAAGGACUGGGGAGUUUAUGUUGCUGUCUACCGAUCCAAAAGAAGGUGCACCCAGCCAGCAAGAGAGUCCCACCUAUGAAGUAG